AUUUCUUUAAAAUAUUUGGAAACAAAAGAGACUCUCUGUCUGAAGAAAGCUAAAGACUUAAAGACUUGUGAUGAUUCUUGACAAAAGAAGCUGUGUCUUUGGAGAACUCUGAAGUAGAGAGACAGAGAAAGACAAAGACAGAGACAUGGUGGGCUCAGGAGCUGGAGGAGAUAGAAGCAAAGAUGCUGUAGGAAUGAUGGCACUUCAUGAAGCACUUAGAAGCGUCUGUCUUAACUCCGACUGGAUUUACUCUGUUUUCUGGACCAUUCGUCCCCGACCGAGGGUCCGUGGUGGUAAUGGUUGCAAGAUUGGUGACGAAAGUGGCAGCUUGAUGUUGAUGUGGGAAGAUGGGUUUUGUGGUGGAGGAAGUUGUCUGGAAACAGACAUUGAAGGUGAAGAAGAUCUUGUCAGAAAAGCUUUCAGCAAAAUGUCCAUUCAGUUAUAUAAUUAUGGAGAAGGAUUGAUGGGUAAAGUUGCUUCUGAUAAAUGUCACAAGUGGGUUUUCAAAGAACCAUCUGAAUCUGAACCAAAUCUUGCUAAUUACUGGCAGAGUUCUUUUGAUGCUCUUCCUCCAGAAUGGACCGACCAAUUCGAAUCAGGAAUCCAGACAAUUGCUGUGAUUCAAGCUGGUCAUGGUCUGUUACAGCUAGGUUCUUGCAAGAUUAUUCCAGAAGAUCUUCAUUUUGUGCUGAGGAUGAGGCAAAUGUUUGAAUCAAUUGGUUAUAGAUCAGGUUUUUACCUCUCGCAGCUCUUCUCUUCAAACCGAACCGCGACUACUCCAUCUUCUUCCUCGGUUCCAAACCAGUUACCUCAGUCUCAAGCUUUUAACUGGGGAUCACACUCUCCUUUGUUACCUUCCCCUAGUUUUCAGAACCAACUACCUGCAUCAGCCAGAUUCGGUUUCCUUCAAGAUGGCAAUGUUCCUCCUCAGAUGCUUCCUCCAAUGGAAGAACAUGAAGAUGACAUCAAAUGGCCUAACGGUUUGUCGUUGUUCAAUGCCUUGACUGGCCGUGCAGAUGAAGCUAGUAGGCUUUUGUUUAACCAGGAGCAGAACCCGAUGAAUGUCGAAAACCAGAACGAGUUCUUGAGCCUUGAAGGUCAUCAUCAUCAACAUCAACCUAACAAGUUUAGAAGAAGCUAUACAUUGCCAGCAAGGAUGGAUUCUUCGUCAUCAUCAACCUCGCUUGAUCAGCAACCACCACUGGAGUUUAGGAACAAUAACUCCGCAAGCAACUCGGGUUUGUUCCCUGACGUUAUGGAGACGUUCUUGAGGUGAUUGACAUGUUCAAGUUUCAGGUUUAAGGACAGAUUAAACGAUAAGCUUUGGAUGCUAGUUUUUAGCUUAUGCUUUCUAUAAAUACAUGAACUAUGU